AUGAGAGAUGUUAGAAAGGGAGAAAGGGAGACAGAGAUCGAAAGAGAGAGAGAUAGACAUAGAACGGGAGAUACGAUAGAGAGGAAUAAAAAAGGGAGAGGGAUACAAAAUGAGAGAGGUGGGAGGGAUCCCGUUCCUAGAGGGCGCUGUGAGCAUCUUCUCCCCGGUCACCCUGCUGGCCUUCCUGCCACCAGACGCCCCUUUCCGCGCGUAGUAGAGCUGGAUGGUGAGAUCCGGCGCCGACCUACUCGUCGGCUAUUGGGACAAGCUUCCAUCCGGUCUCCUGGAAUGUGUGGUAGUGUUGUGCUUGUAAGUGUGUGUGCGUGUGUACGUAAAGGAGGAAGGAAAGAUCGGGCUUGA